AUGCCUCACGUCCCUCGUAGCUUCGACAGCCAUGAUCCAUCUCCCCGAUGCUCUACGAGGUAUGAACCUCGCCGAAGAGCGGCACGAGUGGUUCAGGUUGCGAAAGGUGCUGGCGGGUCCCCCGACAUCAAUCUGGCACACGAUGGGCUCGCCAUCGAGAUCGUACCGCCGCAUCUCCAUGAUCCACAGGGAGUUGUACUGGUGGGAGUCUCUGGGCACGAGCCGCCCCGUGAGCUGCCCGACGAUGUCGCCCUUGCGGUAGGUCAAGUCGCCCUCGUGCGUGGCGAGAGCCUGGAGGCCUAUGCCCUGCUUCCCGAAUGA